AUGCAACCAAAUCACUAUGACCUAUUAGGUCAGGUGCAACACGAAGACCCUCGUUUGAACGGUCGACUGACGCGCGACCUUCAUCAGUCGUCGCGCGAUCAUCUACUGCCUCAUCAGUCACGUUCUCCCGCAACCCGCGGCCCCACGAGAUCAGAAGAUUCCUGGAUCGAGGUCUCCUCGCAGCCCUCGUCCUCAUCCCUCUCAUCCGCAGGCACCAACGACGAUAUCAUCACGACCGGUCUCCGUGUCCAACAACAAGAUCCCGCUCGGUACCAUCGAAGCCGACGGCGACGGUUGCAACAGCUUGCAGCUAUCACCACAGCUCAAGUAGACUAUUCAUCUCGCGAACACAGUAGCAGUCAGGAUGAAUAUGAGGAAAGCGAGAGUGAAUCUGAUCAGGUGCUCAGCAGCUCCGAGGAUAUGACACGUCCGCCAGAGAGACCGCAUCCCUUCUUGGUACAAACAGGUCCUUCCCCACUGCCGUUGGAUGUCCCUUCGGAUGAAGGUGAGGAUGACGACGAUAACUCCACGGCACUUGGCAUGCGCAUCAGCCCAUCUCCAUUUGUCCCUCAACCGAAUGUCUUCUCUCAUCCGCCAGCAACCCAGGACCCAUCAUGGACACGUCCUACGGAACAGCGGCAUCGCGCGGAACCCAGCGAGGUGUCAACAUCCAGUCGUCGGACCGCUAUUCGGGCCCGGCGAGAUUCACAAGCCAGCAUCCGCUCUACUCGCAGAUCAUCCUACCAGCACAGUCCGUACAACAUGAUCUCGCCGUCUCACCACGCCGAUCAUGAUGCUGCUCUCCGUGCCAGUCUCUCCACACUUCUUUCUUGCGCCGCAGCAGCUCGGGGUCUGCCAAAGUCUGAUGCCCAACCCACCCAGUCCGGUCCCUCGCGAGCACCAGCACCGUCAUCGUUCCGUCUUGUCUCCGAAUCGGUCGCGAUGGGGGAGAUCUGCGAGGAAGAAGCAACAGGAGCGGAUCCCGCAGAGGCAACUCGGUCCCCGCGAUCAAGACCAUCUCCACCACCAUAUUCCCCCCGGAGUAUCCCGUCCGCGCCCCCACGAGCCAAACGACGGUCAAGUCCGUCAAAGGAGCGUAGUCACUCCGCAAAGAAAACCCGUCGAGGCAGCACCGUUGACCCCAUCGGUACUGCCAGCCCGACCAUCAUGACCUGGGUGAUCAGCGCGGGCGUCGUGGUCCUGUUCUCAGCCAUCAGCUUCUCCGCAGGCUACGUGCUUGGCCGCGAAGUCGGCAGACUCGAAGCCAGCACCGGGAUUGGCGCGAUUAACGACGGCCCAGGGGGUAGAGUAGCUACCGGCUGCGGUCAAGAAGCAGUCCGGGGCAGCCUGAAGCGAUUCCGCUGGGGAACAGGGACCUCCGCCUCCGGCAUCAUGGCAUAA